UUCGAUUUUCGACGGUUUCGGAUUGUUAUAAAAGCCACCUACAAGUUACAAGAAAAUCAUUUUAAAACAAUUCAAGUUGAUAUUUAAUUCUAUCGUUUCAAUAUAUUAAUUGAGCAAUACUAAACUAAUCUUUUUAUACUAUAAAAAUGAAAAUUUUAUGUGUUAUUCUACCAUUAGCCUUGCUGAAUGUUUCGGUAGCUGCGUUAGAUGGAUAUGACAAGGAAGUUAUCAAAACAAACGGAUACAUCGAGUCUGCAGGAAAUAACUUGCCGCUUAUAAUUAAAAACAUUGUUCUCGGACCAUACACGAUGCAUGAAAUGGCUUAUAUGUUAUCAGUACCGGAAUUCCCAGAUGCCAACAUAGGCCUAUUGCUAUGCAGCCAGAUCAAAAUGCAAACAGAAAUAAGAACGUCAACUGAUACCCGCACACCUGAGAUAAACGAAGGUAAUCACAAUCGACCAACCAAUUUUACGGAUAUUUUACCUGUUUGCUUGUGCGACGAUUACGAUGAGGAAAUUAACCUGGCACAUUUCGGAAGUCAAAGAAGAAUUAUAACAAGAGAAGCUACAAAAACUUUAAUUCUCGCUGAAAUACGUGGAGGAGAUAAAGUAAAAAAAUAUUUCCAAGAUUUUUCGGACAUGUGUCUUUUAAUAGGGUUGUUCAAAAGUAUAAACAAUCCAUAUUCGUAUAUAGUAGCCGCUGAGCUUGACGAGACUGACACUUGUACUGUGACCGAUAUACACCUGAAUGAAUUCCGAUACAGAUCCAUCGGUGGCGUUAUUUGGGAAAUAAAACCUAACAACGACCUAAGCAGGCCAUUUGUUGAUCAGUUAUAAUAGUUUGCGACAGGAGUGAUAAGGAUAACUCGGUUUACAAUAUAGUACCUACUAUUAUUGUUAUAUUUAAAUAGUUUUUGCGUGCCACAGUAAUAUUCAAAUAAUUGUCCAAUAAAAUGUAGCUUAUUUAAUAAUAAACAAUAAUUUUAAUCACUACCAUAAA